CCUGCAGCACCGCCCGCGCCCUGCUCGCGUCACCAGGCGCAUCGCUUCCGCACUGCCGAUCCCCCUCCUCGCCAACCUCACCUACCAGCAUGAGCUCCCGACGGGCCUAUCCCACGGCCGAGCUCUACGACGAGCGAUCGCGCGAAUAUUACGGCAACGGCAAUCGCAGCUACAGAGAAUACGACGAACUCGACGCUGAGCUCACCCGCGGUGGUCGCGGUGCACCUUCCGAGUACAGCCGUCCAGGUCGCCAGCCCGAUUUUCUCCGCGAUGACUAUGGCCGCACAUCUGCAGGUCCUCUUGUGGUCGCCGAGCGACGCGAAGAAGAUUACGGUCGCCCGGUCCCCAAGCCACGGAGCGUCGUCGAUAAAGAUGACGUGAUGAGCAGAAGGUCGGAGAGGCUACCUCCAAGGGAUCUCGACCGCGAGGAAUUUGUAUAUCGCCGUAGCGAGCGCGACGACCGUGGCCCACCGCCAAGGCCCCGUGACCUUGAGCGCGACGAAGUCAGAAGCAGGCGUGAUGAGCGCGAUGACCGUUCCAGGAGGCCCCGCGAUAUCGAGCGCGAUGAGCUCGAUAUCUCUAUCCGACACCGUGAGCAGUCACGCCCCAGGCCUCGUGAAAUCGAACGAGAGGAAGUGAUUCUUCGGCGCGAUGAGCGCGAAGAGCGACCUAGACCACGCCCACGUGACAUAGAGCGUGACGAGCUCAUCAUCAGACGCGAAGAACGGGACGAGCCACCGCCAAGGAGACCUCGCGAGAUUGAGCGCGAUGAAAUUAUCUUCCGUCGCGGUGAGGGGACGCGUCCGCCUCCCCGUGAACCGCGUGAGGUUGAGCGCGAAGAACUCAGGAUCAGGCGGUCCGAGUCCCGUCCUCCUCGCUCUCGUGACGAGAGAGAGGAAAUUCUUUUCCGGCGAACUGAGCAAGAGGAACCACCUAGACCAAAGACGGUACCUCCGCGGGGCGACCUCGUUGCCAGAGAGAGGGAAGAGUUUGUCAUUCGCAGGAAGCAGCCUCCCUCACCACCACGCGAGGAGAAGCAGGAAAUAAUCAUCAGACGCACCGAAAGGACGCCUAGUCCUAGUCCACCACCGUCUCCUCCGCCACCAGCAGUAGAGCCCAUUGUACGACCACCAAUCGUACAAGAGAUCAUCACACACCAUCGCCACAUUGACCAUGGAGUUGAACGGGCGAAGCCACCUACUCCUCCGCCCCCACCGCCUUCUCCUCCCAAAGAUGAGUCACUUGAAAUCGCUAUUCGCAGCCGACGUGGUGGCGGCUCAGGGAAAUUCUACGAUGAAGACAUCAUCUUCGAGCGCGAGUCUCGCGAGCGUAAAGACAAUGAGCACGACGUCGUGCCGAGGAGGCGACGCUCGGAGUCUGCACCACGACGCCGGGCAACGCGUGACGACGACUUCGACAUCGAGGCUGAGGCCGAAUACUAUAAUCGCAAAGCUCAGGAGCGUGCCCAAAUUGGCGAGGCUUUCAACGGCGCCACCAAGGACUGGGCCAUUGUUGACGUGCCACCGGGUACUAACCGUGUCCGUAUGGAUGGCGUGGGUGGCGGCAGCCAGGAAAUCACCUGGCAGCGGUACAAUGGCGUGCGGAGAUCCAAGUUCCUCACAGAAGAUAGGGAAUAUCCAGGAGACUUCGGUGCUCCCGCGAGAGGCGAGAUCGAGCCGCCACCAAAGCCCAAGCCAAAGACACAAGACAUGUGGACUGAAAUCACCAAGGACCUCGUUAUCAAAGAGGCCAUCGAAGAGAUGGGAUAUGGCUUUGAGGAAACUGACUAUUUCUUCUAUGUCAUGGAAUAUCUACGCUACGAGGAUGUCUGCCAACUAGUCGAGAUCUCUGAUGACAUCAGACGUGAGCGGCGAAGGCGUAUCCGAGAAAUAGAGUUCGAGCGCUCUGAACUGGAUCGCAAACCGAGGCCAGGGAAGUACGACUACUACGAGCGCGAGAUUUUCUACGAGCACGACGAUCGACGCGGCCGCUACAGAUAAGCGUCACUGGUCUAUUGUCCUUCUGUCAAGACGCCAUUAGGUUAUGCUGCUUGCCAUGGACCUCGAUCUGGUCUUGCCGCGGCGAGUUUUCUGGCCUCUUAUAGCUCUUACCCACACGCGAAGGCUGAAAUGUCUCCUUGAGGGCUGAGCAUUACGACUUUUACCCUUUAUCAAACAUGAUGAUUA